AUGAACACCCGUAUCCCCCUCCAAACGCCAAACGUAGGCAGUCCACGAUCUUCUAACGCGCCCCAAAGAAGGUUCUUUGGCAUGCGGAACGACACUGAAGAGGACGAUGAGCUUUCCAGGCUGGAGCGCAGCACAAGACGGGCGUCGGCGGGUGGUCAGAACCAUCGAAGACCGAGUUUUGUCUCGCGCUGGAGGAGGAGCACGGACACGGAGAGUGCUAUCAAGUCUCCAAUGUUCGAAAGACCUCCAAUACCCAACGCUCUUCGCGGCAGCGAGUCCGACUCGACUCCGUUACCUGUAUUGUCUAUGACUGUGCUGUCCAUCACCAUGCUUGGAGAGUUUCUUUCUGCCAACGUCGCUAUGCCGUUUCUACUUUUCAUGGUCAAAGGAUUUGGCGAGAUCAGUGACGAAGGCCAGAUCGCCUUUUGGACCGGAAUACUCGUAUCCGCGUUCUUCUUGACGCAGUUCCUAACCUCAUUAUUAUGGGCAACCGCAGCAGAGAGACAUGGUCGUAGAUUGGUACUGACGUUGUCCUUGUUUGGGAGCGCAGUGACGGUGUUGAUUUUCGGGACGUGCACAUCCCUGCGGCAAGCCAUAGCGGUGAGAUUGUUGCAGGGCAUCUUUGCUGGCGCUGUCGGAGUGGCACGCGGAUGCGUUGCUGCGGUGACGGACGUCACAAACGAGGGGAGAGCAUAUGCUAUCAUGGGAUUCUGCUGGGGACUCGGUGGUGUGGCGGGCGCUAUCAUUGGAGGGUCAUUUGAGAAGCCCGCAGACAAGUGGCCAGACGUGUUCGGCGAAGUGUCACUGCUGGUGGAGUACCCGUACCUACUCCCGUGCGCAGUGGCAGCCAGCAUCACAUUCACCGGGUCGUUCCUGUCGCUGUUUUUGGGCCCCGACGGCGGAUCGCGGGAGGGUGCAAUUCGCCUCCCGCUAGAAAAGCCUGAAGAUCAGCACCCGACCAUUGAAGAAGAGGAAGAUAUUCUCACCCCCAGCGCCCUCGACGAUGUUGCACAGUCUGGCUUAGUGAGCUCCAUUACGCGGAAAGUGUCUAGUCAAUUGUCCGGUUAUUUCGGAUCUCGAGACUCAAUCACCGCACAAGAGACGCCGUCGUUGCCAGUGCCACUGACGGCUUCGAUAUCGCCGCCAAUAGAUAGCCGACACAACUUCUCAAGCUUCGCCCGCACAAAUGGAUCUGCGUAUGGCUAUGGGGGAGGCAACAGGACGACAAGCAUAGCCAGCACGACAACCCUUGGUAUAAGGCGUGUGAGUACGGCCAGUACUGCAAGAAGAAGACAUGGAAGUGCAUUCGAGGGACCGACAUCAGUUACGGAUUCCAGCGACCUCAAUUUUGCUCAGAGACUACUUAUGGCGAACGAGAACGCGGUAACAAACAUUGCUGAUCUUUGGGUGGCAGCUGCAAUGAACGUGGAUAAUGACGAGACAUUUGAACCCGAGCAAGACUUAGAUAUGAACGUCGACUCGGAGUAUAUUGAACAUGAAGACAUUCCAAGUUCUGUCACAUCAUCUCCGGUGCAGCGAGGGCGUUCCAUCGGCCGCAACCUCAGAAGCGCAUUCGGCAAUUCUGGCCAGCGCUCAUCUGUGGUAACGUUUGCGCAAUCUUCGCGCAUGCGCUCCACACCGCUGGGUUCUCCCGCACUGGAUGGGACGCCGUUCGCACUGCGUCCUCCUACAAUCUUCUCGCACCCAGGAGUGCGUACGCCAUCCGUUGUCCUCGACGCCCAGGCCCGUGUCCAGGAGUCUGUUGUGGAUAAUUCACUCCUACCAAUUCUAGAACACAGACAGUCUGUGACAGAAUCGGAGGCUCCCCCAGGGAAGCCUCCAUCUCUGACCUCGCAGCUGCCUCUGGUUGUCAUUUUCCAGUACGGUUUGCUAGCACUUCACAGCACGACACACGACCAGGUGUUUUUGUCAUAUCUUGUUACCGAUUACGAGUCGGGAGGCCUGAACCUCAAUCCUGGACAUUUCUCCCAGCUUAUUGCUCUCAUGUGCCUCGCCCAGAUUGUGUACCAGUUUUAUCUCUAUCCACCCCCUCGGGGGCGUUUCUCCCACCUCGCAAUGUUCCGUCUGGGGUCAUUGCUCUUUAUACCGGCAUACCUUACUGUUACGAUGUAUCGGGGUUUCGCAAGUUCUAAUGACGAAGGAAGCUUCAUUCUUAUGGCAGGUAUGAUAGCUGUACGUUAUUGCGGAAACACAUUUGCUUACACUGCCAUAUCCAUCCUCCUGAAUUAUAUGACACCCCCACACGCCGUGGGUUUUGCAAACGGUGUCGCCCAGAGUAUAGUCAGUCUCGCACGCUGUUUCGGACCCAUCCUUGGCGGAUACCUUUGGGCAGCUGGCACACGAGAUGAUCCGUCAGGAUAUCCUCUCGGAUUCCUGGUAUGUGCGGGCGUCUGUGCGCUCGCAGUUGCACACAGCUUUUUCAUUCGUUGA